AUGUGUAUGCAGUCAGAAGAUGCCGUCUACUUAGUAAAUAUCUACAUUGCCCUGGACGUGGGUGGCGGGGGAGAUGUUGCCUACCUCCAUGUGACUGUUGGCAGCAGCAGCAAACAUACAGCUAUACGCAGUGUGUUGCCAGUCUCCCCCAUGCUGCGUUCCUUUCUUGUCCUCUGUGACCUCAAAUUCGCUCGCCGCAUCUCGGUGUCAUGUCCGCCGGUUUACUUGGUGCACACACACAUUGACCUGCUUUCCAAGUCUGCCCCCCCCCCACCACUAAACUGCCCUCGACCGCAGGGUUUCGCCAUUAGCGGUAUAUCGCUCACUCUUCUCCUGCAUCAGCUCUCCCCCGCCCCCCGAAUCUGGUCUUACCACAGUCUGGUGGAAGACAAGUUUAUUACUCCUCUUCUCCUCUCCUUCGGUUGUCGGUUUCGCCUUUCCGUGACCCCAGACGCGAUGCAGGAGGCAACGUUAGAUUAA